AUGACUGAUAACAUCCUUGUAACCCGCACGUCGGUCCCUCCAAAAAACUGCAUUCAGGUGGCGGAUAAGAGGCUGACCGCGGACCAAAAUCGACCUUGUACCUGCCCUGAGACGCAGGUGGAUUCAGGGGAUGGACUCACUCUUUCUGCUCUGCCAGGGCCGCUUUAUAAUACCACCGUCCAGGUCCGGCCAAAAGCCUGCAAUCAAGUGACUGGGAGGUUCAAUAAUGCAAGCCAGGAAGCUUGGGUACGACUUCAUCGGACUAACCUUGAUGAGACGACCCAGCCACUAAACGCCGUAUUUGAAACUGGUGAAGAACUGUUCUUAGGAACAUGCGACAGUAGAGAAGUUGGUGUAUUCGUCAAUACGAGUGUGGGAAAGAAAAGGAAACUGACUCUUUCGAACCACCUACCGACCCGAAUCGGACGUUUACGAACAACUUUGGCUAUCUUCUUCGUUUAUGCUCCAACAUCAAGCUACGAAGGAGUGAAAGCUUUCUAUAUGGACCUAGAAAAAUCCUACGCAGAUGACCAUACCUUCUACAAGUUCAUUGUUGGUGAUUUUGACGCCAAGAUUGCCGCCAGAAAAACGCCUGAGGAACUUCACAUCGAGACCCACGGCAUACAAUGGAAUGAAGAGGGGGAAAAACCUUCCGAGUUUAUCAUGACGACUAAGACCAUCCAUGGGAACUCGCAAUUCCAGGAUCCCCUACGUCGGACGUGGGAGUCACCCGAUGGAGGGUACCAUUCCGUCUACCCAAAGAGAAGAGGAAGCCGCGAAGUUCAGAGAACCAAGUCCCACAACUGUCAACAACUGGGAUCUUUUAGCUUCUUUUGUCGGCUUUUGAGAAGAUACCGUCAUGGACGACAUCGACGGCGAAUAUGA